AUGUCUCCAAAAGGUUACAUCCUUAAUCGAAGAGUGACAGGUAAGUUACUAUUGAUACAAAUUUGGUAAAUCAACUGAAUAAAAAAGCUAUCUUUCAAAAGAUAUUUUUUUUCUUCAACUGGUUGUAUAAGUUUUGUAAACAAAAUGUAUUAACCAGAGUCAAUGCUGUCAUUGAUUUCUUUUGGAAUGGUUCUCAUUUGCUUUUGUUGUCUGUCUAAUCUGUAUUUCUUUUAGUCUAAGCCUUACAAUCAUUAAUUAAUUUAUUAAUAAAUAAAUAUAUAAUGUUCCAAAUACUGUUUGUCUCCAAAAGGUGUUUGCUCAAAGCAGCAGAGGAAAUUAGAGAAAGCUAUCAGAAUAUCACAAAGGCUAGGUGAGAAUAUUCUUAAUUAUUAAAUUUUUAACUCCAGGUGUUGAAUUUCAAGUGUUCUGAUUGGUUCACUCAACUCUGGUUAUCAGUUCAUACAUGGAAUCACCUUAAACAGAAACAAAUUCACCCAUGUUUCUAAAUUUUAGUGUUGGAACAAAUUGCACAUUGCACAUUGUUGGAUGCAAGAUGGGUUAUAGCCAACUUAGUGCUAUGCACCUUGUUGGAUAUUUACAUUCUUAUAUCCAACAUGUGCUCAUGGAAUAAUUGUUAAAUGUCGUUGAGAUCUUUCAUGGCCAUCCUAAACACAGAAAAUCAACAACAAUUUUGUAUGCUCCUUUGUAAAUCAUACAGCCAGAUACAUCUUGCACCAUAAAUCCUGGACUUACCACCAACCUGUAAAUCAGCACCCCUUUUCAAAAGGCACCUUCCUUCAAAAACUCCUACUUCCCUAUUCCUAUUUUCACUGAAAAAUAAUGUUUGAACCAGAUAAGUGCAUAAUUGUACUGUUAUACUCGCCAGUUUAGAACUUAACUUUUCAUUAGGUUUGGAAAAAUAGCUACUGGUACAAAUACCCUGUGUUGGGUAUUAAAACAUUAGGAUCAACUUGGUAUAUGAUUAUUCAUUAACUGCAGAUAUUGCAUGUUAUUCACUCUACAAAAAUAAAAUUAAUAUGGAUAAACAUUUUGGAAAAAAGUCAUUAGAUAGAUGACUUUCCUAAAUUGAGUGUCCCCUUGAAUAACUGGUCUCCCCUGAAUUUGAAAUGAGAACCCUCUUAGUGCUAAUCUAAGAAUUUAUUUCAUAGAAUCCUGGCUGUAAAAUUGCUUUCAAAUACAGAUUUUAUGAACUCCUUUCAAGGAAGACAACGUUUUUAUGUGUAACUUGCAUUUCAAAUGAUUGAAGGUAAUGUUUAUUAUCAAAUGAUAAUUGUAAAAUAACAGCAUGAAAUAUGUUUUAUUUGCAGGAGUUCUUCCUAAACUGUCACCAAUACUGAUAAGAGAGCUGGAAAGUCAGAAGCAGGCUCAGGAAUAAAGUCACGAGUCAAUCACAAACUUGAGUCACUGGUCACUUUGGGAUCAGCAUCCAGCUGAAUAUGAUGUCUUAUCAGAAUCAUUUUUUUCACAAUUGACAAGCCCAGUCUUACUCUAGUGGUAAAAGAGAAGUCCUCAGAAAGACCUGCUGCCCAAUUUUUUUGCCUCAUGGAAAUAUUCUCCAAGAAAAAAUGGAAGCAGAAUACUAUGUUUACUAUGUCUUUGAAAUGACAACAAACUCAUUUAUAAGCAGUGAUUUCAUCACUCUUUGCAAACAAUGUAAGGAUAAUAGUAUGUUUAUUUGGUAAAAUGUCAUUCAAAUAACAAGAAAUUCAUUUAAAUUUUUUUUGUAUGGGUUCUGCAUGACUGAAAUACCUGAAAAGCUUUUAGAUGACUCAAAUAAAAAU